AUUGUCAUUUGAAAAUUUUGAAAUUUCUUCUUAACAGUAAACUCACAAACACAUACGCUUAAAGAGUACACAGCUUAAAUAUAAACACCACUUCACAUACAUAUAUACUUUGGCCAGAGUAUAAACAACAAGCAGAGAGUUGAGAGUUAAGGGUUGAUUAAUAAUGGGUACAAAGGAGAGUUGUAGAGCGGAGCUCCGAACUGCAAUUCGUCAUCUAAGCGAUCGUUGUCUCUAUUCUGCCUCCAAAUGGGCAGCUGAACAGUUGAUGGGGAUUGAGAUUGACCCAUCAAAUACAAAGAACACCCCAUCUCAUACUAGAUUCCAGAGAGGAAGUUCUAGUAUUAGGAGACGGUAUCGGACAAAUGAGUCAACUUCCACUCCUGCUGCUGGGAUUUCUUAUAUUUCUACUCCGGUGCCAGAGGAAGACAAUGAGGAGAUGGACAAUGAUUUUUACCUUCUGGCCAAGUCUUAUUUUGAUUGUAGGGAGUAUAGGCGUGCUGCUCAUGUGCUCCGUGACCAGACUGGGAAGAAGGCAUUUUUCUUGAGAUGUUACGCUCUUUACUUGGCUGGAGAAAAGAGAAAAGAAGAAGAAAUUAUUGAGCUUGAAGGACCCCUGGGCAAAACUGAAGCUUCAAACCAGGAACUCGUUUCACUUGAGAGGGAGUUGUCUGUGCUUCGGAAAAAUGGUUCAAUUGAUUCCUUUGGUCUGUACCUGUAUGGUCUUGUUCUCAAAGAAAAAGGCAAUGAUAAUCUUGCAUGUACUGUACUUGUGGAGUCUGUAAAUAGCUACCCUUGGAACUGGAAUGCUUGGUCUGAGCUGCAGAGUUUAUGCACUACAGCUGAUACAUUGAACAGCCUUAAUCUCAGUAACCAUUGGAUGAAGGACUUCUUUCUUGCCAGUGCCUACCAUGAACUCCGAAUGCAUAAUGAAUCCUUGGCAAAGUACGAGUAUUUGCAAGGUACUUUUGUCUCUAGCAACUACAUCCAUGCUCAAAUUGCUAAAGCCCAGUACAAUUUGAGGGAAUUUGAACAAGUAGAAGUCAUAUUUGAAGAGCUUUUAAGAAAUGAUCCUUACCGGGUGGAAGAUAUGGAUAUGUAUUCUAAUGUGCUGUAUGCAAAAGAAUGCUAUUCAGCCCUAAGUUAUCUUGCCCACAGAGUAUUUAUGACAGAUAAGUACAGGCCGGAAUCAUGCUGCAUUAUUGGUAAUUACUACAGUUUAAAAGGGCAGCAUGAGAAGUCAGUCAUGUAUUUCAGGAGAGCACUAAAAUUGAAUAAAAAAUAUUUAUCAGCUUGGACACUAAUGGGACAUGAGUAUGUUGAGAUGAAAAACACCCCCGCCGCUAUUGAUGCAUAUCGGCGAGCUGUAGAUAUCAAUCCAUGUGAUUAUCGAGCAUGGUAUGGAUUAGGACAAGCAUAUGAAAUGAUGGGGAUGCCGUUUUAUGCCCUUCAUUACUUUAGAAAAUCAGUGUUUUUGCAGCCUAAUGAUUCCAGGUUGUGGAUUGCCAUGGCUCAGUGUUAUGAAACAGAACAGCUUAAUAUGACUGAGGAGGCUAUAAAGUGUUACAGGAGGGCAUCAAACUGCAAUGACCGGGAAGCAAUUGCUCUUCACCAGCUAGCAAAGCUGCACAAGGAGCUUGGGCGUUUUGAAGAGGCAGCAUUUUAUUACAGAAAGGAUUUGGAAAGGAUGGAAGACGAAGAAAGGGAAGGACCAAAUAUGGUAGAAGCUUUGUUGUUUCUUGGUCAGCAUUGCAAAGAUCAAAAGAGGUUUGAAGAAGCAUCAAUGUAUUGUACCCGUCUGCUUGACUAUACUGGCCCUGAGAAGGAACAAGCGAAAAGUUUACUGAGAGGGAUAAGAUUGGAACAAUCUGGUUUACCUGCUAUGGAUGUUGAGCAAUUCCCUCAAUAAAUGUCAUCUUACCAUGAAGCAGCUUAUUCACAUCCGGUUAGCCCGUGGCAAUGAAAUUCGAGGGAAAACUUAGAUAUCUGAUGUGACCAUCUCCUUUUCAUUCCAAAGUUGUACGUUAUCGUUUGUCCUAUUGUGACAGGCUUGAAUGCAAGAAAGAAACUUAGCUGAAUAGGCUAAACGAGUUUUAUAAUAUAUUUUAUGAGAUAGCAUGGGAGAAUUCUCCCUAUUAGGGAAUGUCAGUACUCUGCUGGAAAAUUUUGCUAUAGAAGUUGUCAGUUGAUUGUAAUUGAAGCUAAGGAAUCCUGAGAUAUAUAUUGGCAAUAUUUUAUUCAUUGAGAGGAGCUCAAUUCUCAAACUUGAAUUUUUCA